CCAAAAGCGCGCCAAAUACAAGUGUUGGUAAACAGGCAACUGCGGUAAAUGACGUAAAAGUUGACAAGGACGGACUUUCAUGUAAGUCGAAAAAUUCCAAGAUUUCUACCACUUCUGAUGAAAUAAAUGCGGGAAGCAAAAGUGUGGUCGACAAGGAAAUUGUGGUUGCCAUGCAGUAUGACGGGGACCACAAGGGUCCUUUUAUUGUUUAUGUGGACAAGGCUAGCGAAAUGGGAGUACGCAAAGCGAUUAACCAAUUCGAGUUAAUCGAGCUGCUCUCUUCGCUAAAAAUCAGUGGCAUAGAAGAAGUAAGCAGGAUAGGGCAUGGCAGGUGUAAGGUCACUUGUGUGUCGGCGCAAAGCGCCAAUGACCUGGCCUCAUUGGAAGCUCUCGCUGUUCACGGCUUCGAGGCCAACAUUUUUAAGCAUUUCACUAGAAAGGCUGGGAUUAUUUUUAACAUUCCCACGUAUAUGUCAACCGACCACAUGAUGGAACUCCUGUCGGCGGACAUUCCCAUAAUGCAGGUGGAGAGAAUUUUCAAAAAAUCAAGGGACACAGGGGACUUGGUCCCUACCUCCAGAGUAAAGAUCUGGUUUAAGGGACACCAGGUGCCAAAAGAAAUAAAAUUUCUAUAUACAAAGGUGGCGGUACAACCGUUUAUACACUUCAAACAAUGCUUCCGUUGCUUACGUUUUGGCCAUAUGGCCAAGCACUGCAAGGGGAGUGCACGGUGCUAUAAGUGCGGAAAAGAACAUGAGAGAAAGGACAUUUGCACUGAUAUUGCUUGUGCCAAUUGCAAAGAAGGCCAUAUGGCAACAUCACCCCAUUGUGCAGCCAGACAAAAGGAAUUCGCUAUUCAAAAGUGUAUGGCCUUGGAGAAUAUGUCCCGAGCAGAAAUUAAGAAGACUCAUCCGUCUCUCUUUAAGAGGACGGUGCCUGAUCUAAGAGAUCAGUCAGAAUUCCCUUUUUUAAGAAGGCUAAAUAAUAGCUCAGGAAAGCGCGAGUACAGCAGCCACGAAGUGGCGAAGGAGGUGCAUCCCAUUGCACCAUAUGCCAGGGUAGCUAGGCUUCCAGGCAGAGCUCUCGGGGAAACAUCCAAGCCCAAGCCGUCCAGAUACGGCAAUACAACUAGUCAUAACUUGGCAGAUACCGCUCACAGAGCGGAGGUGCUUGAAGUUGGUACCACCAAAGUGUCUUUAGCCCAAGAAAAACUUAAUAUAGUGGAAAAGAAAAUAUCUAACUUCAUAACGGACCCAAAUAGCGGAGCGGGCCCAUCUCUACAGUUCUGGGAGGAAAUCAGGGAUCUCAUAAAUGCUGCUAAUGCGGAGCUAGAUGCAAAUCAAAUUUGCAUCGCCUCGGCCUUGACAAGCACAGCAACAAUAUGAGAAUCCUCCAAUUCAACAUCCAAAGCCUGACUUUCAACAACAACAAACAAAUUCUUCACAUGUUCCUCCUAAACAACAACAUAGACAUCGCCAUUCUGUCGGAAAUAUGGGUGAAAGACAAUUCAGAGUGUGGAAUUCCUGACUUUAACUUUUAUGGAAAGCCAAGGGAAGACGGAUACGGUGGAGUAGGGAUGUACAUAAGAAGGGGAAUCAAAUUCAAAAUCCUAAAGAUUAAAAACGACAUGGAAUGUAUGGGCAUUCAGACCCUAAAUCUAAAGAGAAAUUUGUGCCUUUACGGUAUCUAUGCGGCCCCCUCAUUAUCAGUGUCUAUCCUGAAAAAGGGGGCAAAAGAAAUUUUCGAGUAUGCGGCAUCAUUGAGCAUUGCUUCACUAAUAUGUGGGGAUUUUAAUGCCAAAUCCACAACAUGGGGCAGCUCCAGUAGCGACGGCAAAGGACAUGGCUUGGAACGGGCGGCAGCUAACUCGGGCUUUGUAUGUAUGAACGACAGCUCCCCUACGUUUUCUCGUUGCCCAGGUCAAAGCUCGGUGCUGGAUCUGACUUUCUGCAAUACGAGUAGUAUUCAAUAUAGAUGGCAGGCUCAAAGCAGCAAACUAACAAACAGCAACCAUUUUCCAGUCUUAAUAGACUUGGUCCAAUUCUGCGCGAAUACAAGUCACAAAAAGGUACUUCAUAAUAGGAUUGCGAGAGUUUUCGCUAAUAGUGACUUUUCAAACCUGGAUUCACUCAAUGGCAAUGUUCGCCUUAUCACAAAAACCAAUACAAUUACGGUAUCAAGCAAAAACAAAUAUGUACCCAAGAGAUGGUGGAACGAGGAAGUUGACAAGCUGUUUCGCCUUAGAAAUGCCUGCAGGAAAAAGUUCUAUUUCACCAAAAAGCUGGAAGAUGCGGAGCUACUCAUGGUAGCAGAAGCAAAGCUGCAAAACCAAAUAAAAAACUGUCGCAGAGCUAAUUUUAGGCAGUAUAUUGACGAAAUGACGACAGCUCCCACACUGUGGAAUGGAACAAGACAUUUAAAACUUUAUAAAAGAAUGAAAAGGACAGCUAACACCUGGUCAAAAGCAGAGGACGAGGAGUUCCUUAUGAUAGUAAAGAACACGCCAACCACAACAUUCAGUUGUCCACGUAUGGCGACAUCAUUGGUCCAGGAAGGGGUCCCCAUUUUGUUUAACUUUGAGGAUUUUAUGUCAGUGUUGAAUGCGAGAAAUCCAGAUUCGGCAUGUGGGCUCGAUGGCAUCUCGUAUAGGAUGCUGCAGACAUUACCGAACCCUAAGAAGAAUCAACUUUUUAAUAUGAUAAACGACAUUUGGCGGGCUGGAGUCUUCCCAGAAUCCUGGAGACAGAUCAGGCUGGUGCCGGUACCAAAAAAGGGCUCAAACUCUGACCUCGUUUGUAACCACAGACCAAUCUGCCUGCUUAGUGUUCUGUUAAAAACAGUAGAGGGUCUAAUCAAAAUGAAAUUCGACGAACAUAUUGCCAGUCGCGACCUGCUACCGGAAAGAUCAUAUGCUUUCAGGAAAGGAAGAUCGACAGCUCUAUGCAUAAACGAUCUAAUUAACAAGAUCCAAUACCUUAAGACUGAGGGUUUCCAAGUUGUGGCAGCAUGUCUAGAUCUAAAAAAGGCUUUUGACUGUGUGGAUAUUGAAACCUUAGACCACCAGCUUCGUGCCGUGGAGUUUGAUCCACACCAGGUAAGGUGGAUAACUGAUUUCCUCCGACGCAGAUAUCUGGUAAAGGGGUCGAGCAAAGCUGAAAUAAAUAGAGGAGUUUGCCAAGGUAGCUGCUUAAGUCCCACUCUUUUCAACAUUUACACAGCCAAGUUACACACCAUAAACAAUUCGAACUGUCUGCUUUUUCAAUAUGCAGAUGAUUUCUUUCUGAUCUGUUUUCACAAGAAGUUUGAUUUAGCCGUUUUAACGCUAAGUGAAAGAAUAGAAAAAUUUGAAAGAGAAUGCAGCAGGCUCAACUUAUCUUUUAAUCCAGCCAAAUCCAAAGUCAUUCACUUCAGCUCACGCAGAAGACAACUAAAUUUGGUAAGCCAAGGUUUCCACAUUAAGGAAGUUGCACAAAUCAGCUAUUUAGGCAGGAACAUAACAGCAAAUAACUCGGCAUGCACCCAUAUUAGUCAGGCUAUCUCAGAGGCCAAUAAAUCAUGUGCGUUCAUCAGGCUCUUUAGCGGCUGUCAAUACGGUGUCAGUCCUAGGCAAGGAAUCUUGUUGCACAAGGCUUUCGUCAGGAGCAGGCUGGAAUACGCGUGCUCCUCUUUUAGCAGCCUAUCCAAGACAGCCCUAGCUAAGGUCAAAAGCCAUACCAAUAUGCACCUGAGAAAAGCGUUAGGACUAAUAAAAUGUACCCCCAUUCAAAUCAUCUACCACAUGGCAGCAGAGAUGCCACCGGAUUUCAGGAUUUUAUUCCUCACAGCCAAAGAAUUGGCAAAAGCAUUUGCUUUCAAUUUACCAGUCUGCGAUUUGCUGUCAUCCACCAGCACGAUAAACACUAGUUAUGCGAGGGUUUACAGGAGGUUUGCUAACAUACUAGACCACAUUGAAGAGAUUCCUCUAAUACCUCUCAAAUGCGCAAAAAUGAAAGGAGACACGGAUUUUUUGAAGGGCUCAGCAAGAAACAAGCAGUCCAUGGAUAAUUCAACCAUGCGCCUGAUUUUUAAUGAGAAAGCCUCCAGUCUGAGAAGCAGAGGCUUUAAGCUAUAUUUUACCGACGGAUCGGUCACCUCCAGCCACUCAAGCUCUGCUUUUUUGCAGGAAGAAUCAGGGUUUGUAGAUAGUUUCUAUACAAACAAAAUCCUCUCGUCUCUCUCCUCAGAGCUUAUUGCAAUUGAAAAGGCAGUUGAUCAUGCAAUCUGGUUGAGAAUUUCCCAUGUGGCAAUUUUAACGGACAGCCGAGGCAGCGUGCAAACACUAAUAAAUCAUUCGCUUAACAAUUCCAUAGCAAACAACAUUAAAAGAAAAAUUAAUAACUGUUCCAGUGUUUUAGCUGUAGAGUUACAUUUCAUACCGGGACAUGUGGGUAUUCCCCAAAAUUCCGCGGUGGACACGGCAGCCAAAAGAGCAACAACAGACGGCACCUUCAUGGUGCUAAAAUGGAGCUUAAAGGAUGCAGUGCGUACCAUGUACAGUCUAAUCCAUGACGAAUGGGAACUAGAGUACGCCAGAUUCGUGGCAGAGAAAAACAGAGCAUACUGCGCACUUUUUCCGACCACGCUUGGAAAACCGUGGUUCCAAAAUAAGAGCUGCAAUUUUAACGCAAACAAUACAAAACUAAUUAAUAGACUGCUUAGUGGAUACACAUUCGAUAAAGUCACUCUUUCAAAAAUGCAUGUUAUCGACGAUAACAAAUGUAACAGCUGCGGCGUUCCCGAUAGCGCAUCACACAUCAUAUUUGAAUGUCCAAAACAUAAUACAAAUCGACAACGCGUCCCAUCGCUAACCAAAUAUAACAAUCUGCACUCUUUCUUUAAGCAUGAGGCGGUUCAAGAAUAUAACGCAAUAGUAAACUUCAUAAAUGACACAAAAGUCAAACUGUAAUUUCAAGCAACAUCCUACAUUUAUCUAGUGUGGCAAUUUCCACUUCACCAAUAAGUGGGCGGCCAAAUAAUUCCACAAUACCCAAGGGCAUCGUGGUAACUUAAACCCAAAAAAAAAAAAAAAAAAAAAAAAAAAAAAAAAAAAAAAAAUUUGUUUUAAUAAGUGAAAAACAAUAACAGAAAAUGUCCUCUGCUUCGUCAAAAGACCAGCCAAGCACUUCCAAGGAAUCUUUCGAUGUAUUUUACUCCGAAGUGAAAGAAAUUGAAAAACGCGAUUCAGUACUAACUCCUACUCAACAAAUUGAUCGUUUACUUCGUCCAGGUUCCACGUACUUCAACCUCAACCCGUUCGAGGUCCUGCAAAUAGAACCAGAAAGUGAGGUGGCCGACAUAAAAAAACGAUAUCGCACAUUGUCCAUUCUGGUUCAUCCCGACAAGAAUCAUGACAACAAGGAGCGUGCGCAAAUGGCCUUUGACAUAGUAGCGCGUGCCUGGAAAAUAUUGGAGAAUGAUUUGGCAAGAAAAAAGUGCUUGGAUGUAUACGAAGAGGCCAAGGGUCGGACAGAUCAUAUGAUUGCAGAAAAACGUAAAAAGUUAAAAAAAGAAGGUAGACCCACCGAACCCAUACCCGAGGAUGAUCCUACAAAAUACAAACAUGCCAUUUAUGUGAUGGUCAUGAAGCUGUUUGCGGAUAUGGAGAGACGCCGCCAAAAACUUGAUCAACGGGACCAAGAGGAGCGCAAACGGAAGCGUGAAUCUGAAAUCGAGGAGGAGGAGCGCGUUAAAGCGGAUCGCGAAUGGCAGCAAAACUUUGAGGAAUCUCGACAAAAUCGAGUCAACAGCUGGCACGAUUUUCAAUCAGGUGCAAGUAAAUCGAAAAAAACUAAGAAACAAAAGCACAUGACUGGCAUGAUGGUUCCGCCAAAGUUUAAGCCAGAAUCGCGAUGAAGCCGACAUAAAGUUAACAGAGAAAACUAUAAUUUUACAUUUUUAUAAGUAUCGAUCGGAAUUGUAAUUGUGGCACAUGCAUCAGUUUGUAGUUUUAAGAAACCACCAAUGUUGUUUA